AUGGCCAUGACCUCCAACAAUCGGAGUCAGAAUCAAAAUCAAAAUCAAAAUCAAUCACAGAGUCAAAGUCAACAGUCGCAAGUAUGUCUACUAGACUCGGACCGACUGUCGUCACUCCUACGCGACGCUCUCUCGUGGAGUUUAAGUACCAAUGAUGCCAAUGGUGGGGACGAUAGCAACAACAACAAGCACAGUGUUUCAUCUCUCAUGGUGUCGGCGAUGAACGGGUCAAUUCUGGCGUACGCCUAUCGCGACGGACAGACGCCUUCAGUCAAAGACAUGCGCACGCAGUCGACGACCAUGACGGCCGCAUACAGCACGGUCGCUUCGGAGGAUGCGGAUGUUCUGGUGUUUGAGGCGCAGAAUACGGGGGCCGUUUCGGUGAUUACCCCGAUUGCUGAUCAUGUUUUGUUGGCGGUGACGGGGCCGGCGCCAAAGUCGAAGUCGAAGUCGAAACGGAGGUAUGAUCACAAUGGAGUUGAAAGAAAUGGGGUGGGCUUCGGCGGUCAGGAUCGGGAUCAGGAGAAUGGUAAUGAUAUCAUCAACCACAAUGGGGCUCUGAAUGGGACCCUGAAUGGGGUACAUGGCAGUGCUCGGGAUCACCGUCAUCAUGAGGUCGAGGGCCGAGAGGAAGAAGAGGGCGAUGAAACAGAAACAGAAGGGGAAGAGCAUUACAAUGGUGAUGGACUCGAAGACGAAGAUGAAGACGAACGGCAUCGACAGAUACGCUUGGAUCUCGAACUGGUCAGUCAGGAACUGGCGGGGUUGUUGAGGGCCGAAUUGGCGAGGAUGAAAUGGCCGAAUGAUAUAUGA